AUUACUUAUUACCUUUUUUUUCGAAGUUGCCAUAUAUAAAUUAACAAGCAAAAAUGCCAUAAUCAAAAAUAACAAACUGUACGAACAUAUUCGCAGCUUUAAAAAUGACAGCUAUUUCAAAUGGGGGUGGCACAGCAGCCCGCAUCUGUUUAUGGCUAAAACAUGUUCGCCUUUCUCGUAUAUUAAUAGUAGUUGCAGUAGCCAUAUUUUUUGUACCUUUAAUCAUCCACUAUCAUCUACCACGCGAAGAUCACGUCGUAGUGACAUCACACUCAUACAGUAGUCAUCGUUCACGCAGUCAAUUAGAAAUAUUCGAAGAUUAUAGUUCAAUGAAAGCAUCUGAACUACGUAUGCGUAUUGAAGAGUUGUUGCGCAUCAAGAGUUCUGUAUCUGGCGAGUUACGUGACUUAGAAUCGCGCAGGCAACGUUUACAAGCGGAUGUAACAGCGUAUACGCAGAAAAUUGAACAGUUAAAACAAGAUUUAGCGCAUCAACAAACGGAUUUAGAACGAUUGAAAAUUAGCGUAGAACAAGCACAAGUCGCACAUCGAGAAGCUUUACAUAGAAACACUCCAGAAUUGGCUGCACCUAAAGAGUUAACUGCAGAUAAAAUACCAACGAUUUUAAAGCCACUCCCUCCACAUGCUUUUCGUAAUUGCCGUAUGCAUAGUUGUUUCGAUUAUUCGAGAUGCUCACUGACUUCAGGAUUCCCUGUUUAUCUCUACGAACCAGACAUGUAUCCCGUAGUUCGAGACGGGUUAGACGUAGAUGGAUUUUUGAAAACCACGUUAAAGCAGACAUUGGGGUAUAAUCCUCAUUAUACACAUGAUCCGAAGGAAGCAUGUAUUUUCCUAGUUUUAGUUGGAGAAGCUUUACCUAUUACCAAUUCUAAGAAUGCGACCAAUAAAAAUGUAUUAGAUUUAGAAGAAUUGAAAAAACUACCUUAUUGGGGUGGAGAUGGAAGAAAUCAUGUGCUAAUAAAUUUAGCACGACGUGAUUUAUCGAUUGGUUCUGGAGAUGCUUUCCAUAAUUUUGAUGUGGGUCGAAGUAUUCUAGUACAAUCAACAUUUAUUGAUUCACAAUAUCGACCUGGAUUUGAUUUAAUUGUCCCACCGAUACUAGGUCCACCAGGGGGUGAUGUAUGGCAAGAAUGUGUAUCUAUGUUACCAGCACGACGUAAAUAUUUAUUAUCCUUCCAAGGAGAAUCAAAACCGACAGAACAUGUUAAUCAAGUCACGAAUCAAUAUUUUGAAGAAAUCGAAAAAACAAAGCAUUUGGAUUCAUUUAUUCUGGAACAUUUACGAGAAAUGGCGGUAAAUAGUAAGUCGGAUAAAUUUAAUUUCCAAUUUGAGUGUAUUCCUGCAAGCGAAGAAAAAGGGACGGCUUCUAUUGAAGAUUGGUCGUUAUGUGGCACAGAUGGUAUGCGGCGUGCGAUUUUACGGGAAAGUACAUUUGUGCUUAUCUUAGCACCAAGUCCUUCGAAUUAUAUUUCGACCACAUUAUUACAAGCACGUAUUUACGAAGCUUUACGUUCUGGAGCCAUUCCUGUGAUUCUAGGAGGAGAUCAAAUUCUUUUAAGUUAUCACGAGGUGAUCCAAUGGAAACGAGCAGUUUUGUUUUUACCAAAAGCUCGAGUCACCGAGUUACACUUUUUAUUACGCUCUGUAUCCGAUGCCGAUUUGUUAUCAAUGCGUCGACAGGGACGUUUGAUAUGGGAAAAUUAUUUAAGUUCGGUUCAAAGCACAAUUGAUGUAAUUAUUUCGACGAUUCGAGAUCGAUUAGGAAUACCACCAAAACCAAUAGAAGAUAUUACUGCAGUCAGUGUGUUUAAUUCGACAUUUCAACCGUUGCAUACGGAUACUAUUGUACAAGAUUCGGAACCCGAAGAAAGUUUAGGUCCAUUGGAACCACCAUACCCUAGCCCUGCUUUUAAACGAAAUUAUACGUUACAUCUACUUCAAGGUCAUGAAAUAUGGAAUGAUUGGGGAGAUCCGUUUCAUCUUUAUCCGCAAUUACCGUUCGAUAUAUUAUUGCCUUCAGAUGCAAAGUUUAUAGGUUCAGAAAUAGGAUUUCGACCUAUUGGUAAAGGAGCCGGGGGCGCUGGGAAAGAAUUUUGUGAAUCAUUGGGUGGUAACAGUCCUCGAGAACAAUUCACUGUCGUCAUGCUCACUUAUGAACGUGAACAAGUUCUAAUCAACUCAAUAGGCCGUUUACGUGGCUUACCAUACUUAAAUAAAGUUGUCGUUAUCUGGAAUUCACUUCGACCCCCACUAGAAGAUUUACGAUGGCCUGACAUCGGUGUGCCUGUAUCAGUUGUGAAAGCAUCACGGAAUAGUUUAAAUAAUCGUUUCUUACCGUUAGAUAUAAUCGAAACUGAAGCAGUUUUAUCUGUUGACGAUGAUGCCCAUUUGCGACACGAUGAAAUUAUAUUCGGUUUUCGUGUGUGGCGUGAACAUCGCGAUCGUGUUGUUGGUUUUCCAGGGCGAUUUCAUGCAUGGGAUUUAAAUUAUCAAAAUAGUUGGUUGUACAAUUCAAAUUAUAGUUGUGAAUUUAGUAUGGUGUUAACGGGAGCCGCAUUCGUCCAUAAAUAUUACAUGUAUAUGUAUUGGCAUUGGUUACCGCAAGCUAUUCGAGAUAAAGUGGAUGAAUAUAUGAAUUGUGAGGAUAUUGCUAUGAAUUUCCUAGUAUCACACAUUACCCGUAAACCACCGGUUAAAGUUACAUCACGUUGGACGUUUCGAUGUCCAGGCUGUCCCGUUUCGUUGUCUGAAGAUGAUACACAUUUUCAGGAGAGACAUAAAUGUAUAAAUUUUUUCACACAGGUGUUCGGUUAUACACCAUUGUUGAAUACACAAUAUCGUGCCGAUUCGAUUUUGUUUAAAACAAGAAUACCUCAUGAUAAACAAAAAUGCUUUAAAUUUAUAUGAGACUAUUGUGUUUGUCGCGUUUGAAAAAAUGUUUUGACACGUUUGGAUGGAUGAUAUUUGAACAAUUUUUAUGAUAUGUAUGAAAAUUUCAUUUAUAUGCAUUUGAGAAUAAAAUCUGAACGUUUAAACGAACGAAGAUUCUUGCAUAAUUCAAAUUUUUUUUCCGUAUAAUUGUGUCAUUAAUGUCAAUAAAUUCUUAGACGACCAACCAAUGGUUGCGUAUUUGUAACAUUGCGGCUGUAGGAACGUGCCUACUUUGCCUUAUGGAUAAUCCGCCUCUAACUCGAUUCAAGAUUUAUCAUAUUUUUUAAAAACUAUCCUGGCUGGGACAUAAAUGUGCAUAUUAGGGCAUUAAUGACGUCAUUAUAAAUUAACUUUGUUCUGUGAUGAGACAGCUAAAAGUAUCCGAUUUUAUUUUCGAAUGCCUAUAAUAAUUGCAUAAAUUUUAUUUAUAUAUUUAAAUAUACCAAAAAUUAAACAUAU